AUGAAGGCUGUUGUUCUCGGCGCUGCAGGCGGUAUCGGCCAGCCCUUGUCCCUCCUACUCAAGUCCAACCCGCUCAUCACCGAGCUGAGCCUGUACGAUAUCGUCAACGCGCCCGGUGUCGCCGUCGACCUCUCGCACAUCGCGACCCCCGCCAAGGUCGAGGGAUACCUGCCCGCCGACGAUGGCCUCAAGAAGACGCUCACGGGCGCCAACAUCGUUGUCAUUCCCGCUGGUAUCCCGCGCAAGCCUGGUAUGACUCGUGAUGAUCUCUUCAAGAUCAACGCUGGCAUCGUUCGCGAUCUCGCCACCGGCAUCGCCGAGCACGCCCCCAAGGCAUUCGUCCUUGUCAUUUCGAACCCCGUUAAUUCGACCGUCCCCAUCGUGGCCGAGGUCUUCAAGAACAAGGGUGUCUUCGACCCCAAGAGGCUCUUCGGUGUGACGACCCUCGACGUCGUCCGUGCAUCGACGUUCGUUUCUGAGAUCAUCGGCGACCGCGGUCUCGCCACCUCAGUUACCGUCCCCGUCGUCGGUGGCCACAGCGGUAUCACCAUCGUCCCCAUCCUCUCGCAAUCCUCGCACCCGCUCCCCGCCUCCCUUACUGGCGAUGCGCGCGCCGCUCUGAUCAACCGCAUCCAGUUCGGCGGCGACGAGGUCGUCAAGGCCAAAGACGGCGCGGGCAGCGCGACGCUCUCCAUGGCGUUUGCGGGCGCCGAGUUCGCAGGCAAGGUUCUCCGCGCGGCCAAGGGCGAGACAGGCAUCGUCGCGCCCACGUACGUCAACCUCGCCGCCGACUCCACGGGUGCGAAGGCACUCAGCGGUAUCAUUGGCGACCUCGAGUACUUCUCGGCGCCCGUUGAGCUUGGCCCCGAGGGUGUCAAGAAGAUCAACGGCCUCGGUUCGCUUGAUGACUCCGAGAAGAAGCUCGUCGAGGCUGCUCUCGGUGACCUCAAGACCAACAUUGAGAAGGGUGUCUCCUUCGUUGGCUCGUCCAAGCUCUAA